GCCUGAUUCACAUGGGUAACCCCCAUCUGCGCUGCAUUUCCAGCGUCUCAUGAGCACAUUUCCUUCCACCUACUUGACUGAUUGCUAACAAACACUCAGUGCCGUUUCCGAUCUAUACUGGGCUGCACUUUGUACAUUAAUUCCAAUGGCUCGCGUGUUCUAAUUUGCUGAUACUUUACCAUCCGAUGUUAGCUUGCCACCGCACAAUUUUUCAUGGAUUUUGUUCAUCAACCCUAUGCAAUGAUUAGUAACGUCGCAUAGGGGGUGAGGCUGGUCUGUGGAGAGACAAAGUGGGCAUUAAAAGAGCUGGGCAUGCAAGGAUAGUUCACAGUUGAUUGAGUCCCUCAAAUCCUGCGCAGAUUAUGUCCACUCUACGAACUCCUGACACAUGUUUCGUAGUUUAGCAGAGUUUUGUCGAGUCCAGAUCACACUAACUGACGGCGAGAAAUUGAAAGAUCGUGCCUUCUAGGUCGUGAUACCCCAAUUAGGCGCUUCUAUACUUCAUGGCCUAUGAGCCUUGCAAGUGUAGCCUGUCGGUCACCUGCACAGUGCAUUCCAAUUGAUUAGGGAUACACACGAGUUUCGACGAUCUAGUGAAGAUCAAUGCUUCGAGAUGGUUUGUCCCGGUGGACUAGGAUUCGUUACCAGUUGAACCACGCCAACAUAAGAUUGCAUCAGUCGAAGUACCUCACUAGUGAAGGCAGCUCGAAUUCGUGUGUCAUGAACUCGGAACCUACCUGACAUUUGAGUGACCAGUGCAAAAUCCUCCUGACAAACUCUGGGCCAUCUGUUAGAGUGACGCGGUUGGGCGUGGUUGUCUCAUUUCAGUCAAAUUGACCGAUUCUGAGAUUUUUCUCCCACUUUCCGUAAAUCAAAAUUUGCAAAUGGUUUCUCUUCAUGCUUUUCGAGCGUAAUCAUGGAACAAACAUGAUUGCAGUUUGCCUCAUGAGUCUCUGAUUCAGGACCCUCCAUUCUGCUGCUGUAUCUGGUACGAAGUUACAGCUCCAUGUGCACGGAGCACACCCUUAAAGAGGAGAUUGUGCUGCAUACUGCUAUUCCGCCCAGUGACUAGACAGGGGGAUCAUAGUAAUGCGUCCUUGCAGUUUUUGGUCACACCACUACUCAAUGUGCUUGGUUGUGGCCAUUAACAGAGCUGCUUAUUGAUAAUGCAGCUCUGAUAAUCACAGUAUUCAGGACAAAAUCUCUCCAUACCUUGAAACUGGUGCGAGCCCGCCAGAGCAUCUAACAAGUUGCCUUCGGAUACACUUGGAGAAUUGGUUUCCUCAACAUCCAAUCUUAACGUGAUGGCAUCGGAGAACGUGACUGAUGUUUCCGUAACGUCUAGUGGGGUAGUGGCAGGAGACAAUCCUUUGCACCACACUUUGCCUCUGCUCAUUAUUCAAGUUAUGGUCAUCAUCACCGUCUCUCGCUGUGUCGCGGUCUUAUUGCGCCCUUUGAAGCAACCUCGCGUUGUCGCAGAAAUUUUGGGAGGCAUUUUGUUGGGGCCGACAGCCUUCGGGCAUAUCCCAGGUUUCACGAAAAAUAUCUUUCCCGAAAGCUCGUUGCCCGUGCUGGAAACCGUAGCAGAAGUGGGUCUCAUCUUCUUCCUCUUCCUAGUGGGAUUGGAAUUGGACACCAAACAGAUUCGCAGGUCGGGAGUAAUGACACUAUGGCUGUCAGCAGCAGGCAUAAUCCUCCCGUUUGGUCUGGGGGCAGUAGCUGCUUUCAUCAUAUUCAAACUUCAGAAUUCUCUUCAUCAUCCCAAUUUCGGAGCCUUCGUGUUGUUUCUUGGCGUGGCGCUCUCCGUUACUGCCUUUCCCGUUCUCGCUCGCAUUCUCACAGAGCGAAAACUUCUUCACACCGACAUUGGCCAAAUGGCCAUGGCUGCAGCAGCGAUUAAUGAUGUUGUUGCUUGGGUCCUUCUGGCUCUGGCAGUAGCCAUUACGAGUUCAGGGUCAGAUCCACUGGUCGCACUUUGGGUACUUCUCCUGGGCACAGUGUUUAUUGUCUUCAUGUUACUUGUAAUUUCGCCGAUCACGUACGCACUGGCUCACCACAGUGAGCCUGCAACAGAAUCAGUCAUCGCAAUGACUUUAAUGCUUGUACUCGGAGCAGCGUUCAUCACUGAUUUGAUUGGUAUACAUGUCAUAUUUGGAGCCUUCAUCUGCGGCCUUAUUAUCCCAAAGGAUGGUCCGUUUACAGCGAUACUGAUUGAGAAAGUUGAAGACUACGUGAGUGUCCUUUUCUUGCCCCUAUACUUCGCAGCAUCUGGACUUAAGACUCACCUCUCUGCCAUCAACAAUGGAACUGCAGUUUUGAUUCUCUUCCUGGUGAUAGCGUCAGCAUGCGUCGGAAAGGUGCUGGGCACGUUCAUUGUAGCCAAGGUUUGGGGUGUAGGGAGCCGCAAGGCCAUUGCCCUUGGCUUUCUAAUGAACACCAAAGGUCUCGUUGAACUGAUUAUCCUCAACAUUGGUCUUUCGAAAGGGGUUUUAAACGAAGAAUUGUUUGCGAUAAUGGUGAUCAUGACUAUUACGACCACCUUCAUAACAACUCCAGUGGUUAUGUGGCUUUAUAAACCAGCCUGUGAUAUUCCACCAUAUAAAAGGCGGACCAUCAACUCAGGCGAUGAUAGGGACGAACUACGUAUGCUGUUCUGUCUCCUUGGAUCGUGGAACAUAAACUCCAUGAUGAAAAUGGCUGAAAUUACAGGUGGUGAAGAUUACAAAAAUUUCCGGGCAUAUGUGCUUCACCUGGUGGAGUAUUCGGAACGUUUAUCUACAAUCCAGAUGUCCAAAUUUUCCAAGCGAGAAAGCGAAGACGGUGCUGGGAACGAGGGAAAUACAGAAUUGGACGCAAUUGAAGUUGCAUUUCAGAAGUCUUCACAACUCACCAAAGUGAAAGUUAAAACUGAAGUGGCCAUCAGCGCCUUCCACAACAUGCAUAUAGAUGUCUGUAACGCUGCAUAUUCCAACAGGGUGAAUUUUUUGUUACUGCCAUUUCACAGGCGUCGACGAUUUGAUAAGAAUUUUGAAACAGUAGCCUCAGGUCUAAAGGAAGUGAACAUGAAGGUGUUCCAGGACCCUCCUUGCUCUGUGGGCCUGUUGGUUGACAAUGGAUUCGGCGAUCACGCAGCUACUACCCCUGGAAGUUGUCAGCACAUACUAGUGCUUUUCUUCGGAGGCCCAGAUGAUCGCGAAUCCCUAAUGCUAGGACGCCGUAUGUUGAAGAAUGAUGGCGUCAAACUCACAGUGAUCCAGUUCGUGGUUCAAGAUCCUAAACGAAAUCACUUGUGCAGCAUCCGACGAGUUUCAAGUCGCACAUUGAAGUCUCAUCUGCAAACUGAAUCAGCUGCAAAAAGAGGAUGGAGUGCUUUGAAACAUGUAGCUCGUGAUGUGGUGGAUUUUUUCGCAGCACCAUGGGUGAAGACAAAGGAGUGUGGGAGAGCGAAGCAGAAUGACCUCUCGCCGGAAUCAUCUGGGAAGAUGGACGUGACAGAUGCAACUGAAACACAACCAGAUGGAGAAACUCAUGUCCUUGUGGACGACAUCCUGUUGCAAAAGGAAAGAGACAUGAAUGUACAAGCUUUGGCUCCCAUUCUGGCCGCUGCAACAGCUGCCAGAAAAGAGUUCCGCAAUCGUCCAAUGAACAACGCAUCCUUAGAAACUGGCCAGGGCCCGCCUACAACCGCCGUAGAGGAGCUUCAGUCAGAGGUCUCCUGCAGAAACUUGACACUACGAGUGGUCGAGACGCAGAACCUGAAAAAAUCUGUGCUCGACACAGUGAAAUCUGCAGAACCGAAUGGACUGAUAAUUACUGGACUGCACUUGCAUGAACAUAGUACGAUCAAGCAGUCAGGUGACUUCAUUCCAGUUGAGGAUUAUGGCCUUGGCCCACUGGGUAAUUAUUUGGUGUCCAAACAUCUUCAUAUGCACACAUCUUUGCUAGUGGUCAAGCAGCACAUCUCUGCUUGAGCAGUGUCGAGCUCUUCCAGUGAUGCCGAUGCAUCGGAGACUGCAGGUGAUUGAAGCGCAUUCUAUAGCGAAGACUGGUAUUCAGGUCGACCAAAACUAUUGUAGAUUAAUAGGGCACUCCACAACUUGGCAAUCACAAGCCCCGGUGUGAGGUUUUUCUGUAUAAUAUGUAUCAAAAGAGGUAAGAGUUGAGCAAUGUGCACCAAGGGGCUAUUCGGCGAUGUUGUUGCUGAAGCAUAGAGAUCUAGGACCUCCGGAUGUUGUACUUUCCACGAGACCAACAGAUUCUUUACUGUUUAAGGUACAUUUCUCUGAAGAAACUAUAAUGUAGCUUGCACUCCCAUUGCUAUAGACCAGGUACACUACGAUGUAACAACAGUGUGGAUUACAUACUUUUGGAACAUUUUAUUCACAUUGUAAACUUUAUUCUUCUCUCUAGAUAACUAGUGACUUUAUUGAGCCACUUCGAAGACUGCCUUUUAGGCAAAUAAAUAGGAAGGCCAAGUAGGAAGUCUCUAGGAUUACUGUUGCCCAGUAAUCUCCCAUAAACGUCUUUACCAAUACGAGUGGUCUUGCUAGAUAGACAUGCAUGUAUAAAAGCAUAUAACAUGUAUAAUGUUAUCAUCUAAAAUAUAUGCUCUAUUAUGAGUCCUUGUA